GUUUUUAGAUCCAUUGCCCCCCCGGACCAGGAACUUCAGUCUGGAGGGUACAAAGGAUAGUGCGCGUGUCUUUGAGACAGGUUGAUUCGGAAGACUUUUCUGCUAUGGCGUCAGAAGUGGUUGGAAACGUUGAAACUGCCCGUAAUGGCGAGCACCAGGACGGUGGGGAGCAGCAGAAUGUGGUGAACAGGGUCACUAACCUGCCUCUUGUGAGUUCUGCCUAUGAUAUGGUGUCAGCUGCAUACAACAACACCAAGGAGAACCACCCAUAUGUCAAAACAGUCUGUGAUGUUGCUGAGCAGGGAGUGAAGGCCAUCUCUGCUGUGGCUGCCAGUGGUGCCAAACCCAUUAUGAACAAGCUGGAACCCCAAAUUGCAGUGGCUAAUGAAUAUGCCUGUAUGGGCUUGGAUAAACUGGAAGAGAAGCUUCCGAUCCGUCAACAGUCCCACACCCCAGGUAAGGAAAGUCCUACCCAGCACGGGCUUCAGAAGAAUGCACACGGUAGCCUUGGGAGCCAUGAGCUUGUUUCAUCCACUAUUACAGGAGCUAAAGAUGCAGUCUCCAACACUGUGACUGGUGUCGUUGACAUGGCCAAGGGAGCUGUGCAUAAUAGCAUUGAAAAGACCAGAAAUGUGGUAGCUGGAGGAGUAAACACUGUCAUGACAUCCAAAGUUGGCCAGAUGGUGGCCACUGGUGUGGACAACGCACUCAAUAAAUCAGAGGAGAUGGUUGAUCAUUAUCUUCCUCUGACUGAAGAAGAGCUGGCAAAGUUGGCCACAUCUACAGAAGGUUUUGAGGUGGCCCCAGUACAAGAGCAAAGUUACUAUGUGCGUUUGGGGUCUUUGUCUUCAAAAGUUCGUCACCGAGCAUACCAGCAUUCAACUGCUAAGAUGCAGAAAGUCAGGCAAAGCAGCCAAGAAAUAAUCUCCCAGCUUCACAACACAAUGGAUCUGAUUGAAUUGGCAAAGAAAGGGGUGGAUUCAGCAAAUCAGAAGCUCCAUGGUGUUCAGGAGAAACUGCAUCAGGCCUGGGAUGAUUGGGUGAAAAAUCAGCCAGAAGCUCAAGCGGCAGAACAAAGUGCUCAGAAACCAGAGCAACUCGAAUCCCGAAUGCUAACCAUGACCCGUGGUCUCACUCAGCAACUACAGACUACCUGCCUGACCUUGGUUUCAAAUGUUCACGGUCUCCCUCAACACAUUCAAGAUAAAGUACAACAGAUCCGCAAUACAGCAGAAACCAUCCACACCUCAUUCUCCUCUGCCAGUUCCUUUGGGGAUCUCUCUGGGCAGCUGUUGGCUCAAAGCCGGGAGCAAAUGGUGAAGAUUCGGGAGUCCAUGGAUGGGGUGAUGGACUAUGUGCUUCACAACACUCCCCUUAACUGGAUGGUUGGUCCUUUUGCCCCACAGCUGACGGAGAAACCUCAGUCACCAUCAGAGGAGAUGAUUGCAAUGGAUGAAGUUAAAGAGUAACAUAACCUGUCUUGGAGUUCUACUUGUUGGAAAGAUAGCUUGCCCUAUGUUAAACUUUGUUAAUUUUGGUAUUUAAACUUUGACCUUACUAUUUGACUAAAUUUGUAUUUCUAGUUCAUAGGUUUUUGUACAACAUUCCUCCAAACUACUUGGUCUCAACAAUCUAACUGCAGAUUCCUAUCAAUAACGUGAAUUUUAAUUUCUGACUAUUCUUCCCACACAAGACUAAAUCCGUCCAAACCAUUCUGGAUACACUAAUAUAAAGCAAAAUAUUGCAGAUGAGUGAAACCUGCAAUAAAUGAGAAAUGCCCAACAGGUCAUAUGGAAAAUUAAUACUUAAUCCUGUCCUUCAAGCUAUAGAUAGAAUUGGAACUUGACUCUUCGGGCAAAUGAUAUCAACUUUCUCCACGUUAUCUUGCCUGAGUAUUCCUAGCACUGUUAUUUCAUUGCACUAAUGCUGCAAUAUAGACCUACUGAAUUUGCCAUUACAAUUUGGGAAAUUCCUCUUGCAACAUGCAUCAUUCUUUAUCUUUGUAAUGCCUGAUUUUACUCAGCUAGAUAAGUGAGAAUGAGCCAAUAAAAACAUUGACUUUCAAGGGCAGCAGCAAGAACAACUUGGAUGUUUGGGCUUUGUUAAUCUACACAUGAGCAUGGUGCAUGGGUGGAGAUAUUUUUGUUAAAAUUUAAACUAGUCUUAGUAUUCCUUGCUUUGAACUAGGAUCUAGUCUUUGUUGAAAGGAUGCAAAACAGAAUGGAGGCUUAAAUUGUUUGGAAUAAGUAAAAUAACCUACAUGACACCUGGAUACUGAAGAAUUUCACCAGCACUUCACACUUUCACUUACAGUUAUCCAAACAUCUUUCUUUUCUCCAACAAUACAGCAGAAUUUGGGCUGUUUUUAAUUUCACAAUGGGUAGUGUGCCAAAUGUUGAGACAUAUGUAAAUGGAACUAAUAGUAUUGGUCAAUUGUCAAUAAAGAUUAUAAUUGGA